AGCUUGGACGCUCUUCGUUUGUGCUCUCCAACGUCGGUUCCCGCAGCAGCAUCCAGCCAGCACUUUCAAGGAUUUUCUAACCAACAGUGUGAGGCAAGCUCGAGCAGACCUAUUCCGGACCGAGCCGUCAUUCGUGUUCCAACCGUUCUGCUAGCUGCACGUGUUUGCAACUUUGCUUUGUCUUCACUAUCGCUUGCUGUACCAUCAAUUGCAAAAUAAAACUGUAUUUUUAAACAAAAUGAGCAUUCGCUCGUGGUGAUUUGAAAGUGGUCGUAAAGUGUCGACCGUCGGCAUACUUUUGAGCUGCGAGUUAUUGGCUGGAUAAGUAGUGACGGUGAAUUCUGAAAGUGAAUCGUUUGAAAUUGGUGUGAUUACAUUAUAUUUUCCGCUGAUAAGAGCCCUCGUCUGGGCUGAUUGUCAUGCCUGCCUGCUAAUAAAGGUUUAUACACCUCCAAAUGGCGAAUGAGUGCUUACAACCAAUCAAGAGGGUGGCGUGAAUCUAAUAACCACAUUGUCACUUGAUAACAAGUUAAACGCAUGUCGAAGAUAAGAUUACCUGAAAAAGAAGAGCAUGGUGAAUAGUGUAAAUCUAAAUAAAUGUGAUACUUGAUCGCUAGCAACCAAAUUGGGAACUACUGAAUCAAAGCACGUAACAAGUCCUGCAUCAGCGCACGGAAGCUUUACAUUGCAAGAACGGAACAUGCUAAGAAUGUCACAUAGCCCUCCGGCUUGCAAUUUUCACGUUCACAAUCCAAUACCUAACAGUACAUAAAGCUUUCAAAAGCAACGGAAAAAUAUCCCACUACUUCUAUUAGUGUUAUCGUUCCUGUGCAUCCCAGCUUGGUAGUCAAGAAGAAGGGAUUUCAAAGAGUAAUUCUACCAGUUGCUUGGAAUUUCUUGAAGCCAAAAUCAAUAUUUUUUGCACUUUUUUUUUUAUAAAUACUUAAUGUGAUUGAAAUUGGAACAUAACGAUGGAGACAACAAAUGAAAUGGAAUAAGCAACGAGAUCAUCACAAUGAUGCAGCGUCAAUCGAUUAUGAAUCUAUUUUUGGAGCAAUAAGCAGAAGUCCAAAAUCGAUGCACUCGAAACGUGCUGGGAUAAUUUAAUUUUUUUCCGAUUGAGGAAAAUUGUGGAGUAAAAUUGCAACCCAACCAGAGUAGACAAUAAUGACAAUAAUAUUAGUACCUUAUAGCGAGUAGAUAUUAACGAAAGAAUUUUCUUUGGUGACAAGAAAAACUACUUCUUUCCACUAUACCACACACAAAAACAAAAGCCUCCGACGCUCAGUUUUGGUCACACUUGGACAAAAGAUUUUCAAAAGCUCUCUUUCGUUCGGCUCAACCGACAGCUUCCAUAAGCACUCAAACACAAUGGAUCUAAAGCACUCGAGCGUACCAGAAGUGACGGUAGUUGCCGAUGCAUACAUGCCCGGCAGCAAAUCCUCCGAUCUGAUAAAGCCACCCAUCAAUGGAUCAAACGCAACGCUGGACAAGCCCGCGCUGCCACCGGGGGAAUUCAAGAUGUACAAGCGACGAUGGCUGGUGCUGGCAAUUUUCGUAAUGUAUUCCGCCUCGAAUGCGCUCCAGUGGAUCCAGUACAGUAUUAUAGCGAAUAUAGUUCAAAGAUAUUAUAACAUAAGCAGCACAUGGGUGGACUGGACGUCAAUGAUCUUCAUGAUACUCUACAUUCCAUUAAUUUUCCCUGCAAGCUGGAUAUUAGAUAAACUGGGUCUGCGUAUAGCUGCAAUCAGCGGAGUGUUGGGCACAUGCCUAGGAGCAUGGAUAAAAUGUUUUUCCGUUCAACCCGAUUUGUUUUGGGUCGGUUUCAUCGGCCAGUCGAUCGUUGCGGCGUCCCAAGUGUUUAUCCUGUCACUGCCGGCCAAGGUUGCUGCCGUUUGGUUCGGACCAGACCAAGUAUCGUCAGCUUGCAGUAUCGGCGUUUUCGGCAAUCAGCUUGGAAUUGCCGUUGGCUUUUUGGUGCCACCCAUGUUGGUCCAGAACCACGAUGAUUUGAAUCUUAUUGGUGAUGACCUUCGAGUUAUGUUUUACAUCGUAGCAGGAUUUACAAGUUUGCUUGUAAUUUUGGUGCUUGUCUUUUUUAAGGCGGCACCACCAACUCCUCCGUCGGCAGCCCAGGAGGCAACGCAGACACCUAAUCCCCUUCAGUCGUCACCAUUUAUUCAUUCCAUCAAACGAUUGUUGCUAAACCGAAACUACGUUCUCCUACUCAUUUCGUACGGAAUGAACGUUGGUGUAUUCUACGCUAUCUCAACCCUUCUGAAUCAGAUCGUGCUUACUCAUUAUCCUGGACACGAGGUGGAUGCCGGUCGAAUCGGUGUUUGUAUUGUUUUUGCCGGUAUGCUGGGUUCCGUUGCUUGUGGAAUCGUGCUUGAUAAGACCCAUCGAUUCAAGGAGACAACGUUGGCUGUUUACAUUUUCACCAUGAUUGGGAUGUGGAUUUAUACCUUCACCCUGUCCAUCGGACACAUCUCAGUUGUCUACAUCACAUCAGCAUUACUGGGUUUCUUCAUGACUGGAUAUCUUCCGGUGGGCUUUGAAUUUGCCGCUGAGUUGACCUACCCGGAACCGGAAGGCACAUCUACAGGUCUCUUGAAUGCUGCAGCUCAAGUUUUUGGUAUCGCAUUUACCAUGGCUUAUUCAGAGAUUCUCAAUAGUAGUGGAGACAUAGUUGCUAACGUGACAAUGGCUGUGAUGUUAUUAGUUGGAUCGGUUGUUACGGCAAUCAUUCGAUCUGAUUUACGCCGCCAAGCGGCCCAGAAUCCAAAUGCCUAAAAAAUUCGCUCCAAAUUUCAGCAAAAUGCUAAUUUUAGGAAAAAUUUGUUUAAAACUCGUUGCAUUUCGAGAUUGGGUUUUUAAAGUGCGAGUAUAAAGAAAGGAUAAACUGUUGUUUAGAAAAUAUGACUAGUUUUUAUAUAUAUUUUAUAAGUUUAUUAAUCAAAAGUUUAGAUUAACAACAUUAACAAAUUCCACACACCCUGAAACCUGUUCAAAUAGGAUGAACCGAGAAAAAGGAUUCAAACUCAAACCUAAAAUUAAUUAGUCGGCACCUCUCCGCUGGAAUGUGCCUGAAUGCCAUAUAUCCUAUAUUCUGUGCACAUAUUUACAAUGGCGCAGAGAAAGCGAGUUGAAGUGAGACAGUCAAUUAAAUAAAACUUUAACAUUCGGUACCACCAGAUUUUAAAUUGCAUCACAUUGAUUGCUUUGAACUUUGAAGAAUUAAUAAAUAUUUAUAAAUUGGUAUUUUGUGAUGAAAACCACAUGAAAAAUCUUUAUCAUUUGAAUCACUAUGCUGAACACAAGUUGAAAGCAAUUAACUGUAUGAUAAAAUAUAUUAUCACCAUGAAAGUGGAAAAGUAUUUUAGGGUAAGUUUGUUGCUAGAUUAGUAAUACAAAGUACAAUAGUUAGUAUUAGCUGUGAUAACUUGUUAAAUUGUAAAAUGAACGUGCUAGAUUUGUAUUCAAGUAGUCGAUUGAACGAGAAAACCUCCCCAACCAGAUAGGGGGUGAGGGGGUAAUAUGCACCCCCUAAGGGAAAACUGUGAUUUCUCAGCCUUUACAGCAUUACUUUGGAAGAAUUUUGUUCGAUGUUCUAAAACAACUAUUAUUCAUCGUCAUCCAUGUGAAAAAAGUCUUACAAAACCUCAAAAUUGUUCGAAAAUAUCAAAUUUCUAAAAACAUUUUUGAUUCAUUUCAAACAUCCAUGCGGGGCAAUAUGCACCGCAACAUUGGGGCAAAAUGCACUACAACAACGGGGCAAAAUGCACCACAACAUGGGGCAAAAUGCACCGGGUUAAAAACAGUUUUCACUAGUCACCACUAGAUGACACCGCUGUUUUUACAAAGGAGCUUCCCAGCGGUGCAUUUUGCCCCGACCACGCUUUUUGCAGAAAAUUUAAUUAAAAAUGCAUUUUUUUAUUGUUUUUGGACUCAUCUAUCUACAGAAUAAUGAAGAUUAUGGCAAAAACUAUAUACCUCAACACUUACAAUAUCAAUAAAUGCUUUUUAUAUUGUCCAAAAAUCAUAAUGAAGGUUCAAUGAAAAUUAGAUGAAAACACAACAUUUUAAAGUUUUGCAAAUAACUUGAGCUGUUUCUAUACUGCGAUGCUCAAUUUUUUCCAGCAUGGUUUAGCAAUGUUAAGCUUCCAAUUUCUAUGAUUUUUUCCCCGGAAAAUUCUUCCAAAUACGGAGAAAAGCAGGGGGUGCAUUUUGCCCCGGGGGUGCAUAUUACCCCCUCUCCCCCUACCUAAUAUAGAGUAAAAUGACAAUAAAAGCCAAAAUAUGUCUAAAACAACCCAUUUAUGUUUAUAUAAUGUCACUCUUACUCGUUCUGCUGAUAUAAAAAGAUGCAAAUUAUAUUGAUGCAGUUUUGAAACUACAUUAUAUUGUGCAAUCCCUUAGACGAGUGCAAUAAAACAUUUUUUUUACACUGCUUCAUCUGAUGAUGUUGAAAAAGGGUGACAACAAUAUCCAACCUAUCCAAUGACAAUACAUGCAAUACCUUUAGAUGAUGCUUGGUAUUUAUUCAACUGAGAGUUAAUAACACAAACAAAAAACAAAAAGACUUAGAAUUUAGAUAAAAAUAACAUAAAAUAACAUUAUGAAUAAGCGCUCGUUACAAGUGGAAUUAUCUAGUCGGAAAGUUGUGAGUAAAAUUUUAAAGCCAAUUGGUAGAAUUACAAUUCCCUACACCGAAACUGCACACAUCCAAUACACCCACUCAAACAAAGAAACAAAUGCCAAAAAUAUUUUAGAUAACGAAUGUGUUUACCAAAAUAGUGUUUAAACUAGAACGAGAGUAGAAACUGAAUUAAUGUAAUCGAGCGACAAUAAAAAAAAAACAACAUAACAAAAAUGCAUAGCUGAGAAGAAAAAAAAACACCGGUAGUUGCCAUCCAUAAACGCGAAGGUGAUUUUUAAAGAAAUAUUAGGGUUCCGCUAUAACCACGCUUCACUUUUUUUUGCAUGGACAAAAUAUCAUCAAAUAGAUUCAGAGGUCAUGUCUUAAUACUAAAUCACUUGGAUUCUAGGCAAAUGUCCAGUUCUUAUGCUUGAGUGACUGUUACAAUCCAAAUAAUGCAGUGUUUUAACACAUAAACUCAUAAGCUGAAACGUCGGUUGUACCUUUUUCCUUAAAUUCCGACAUAUCUUAGUCGAUUUGAGAAUUCCAUGUUAACCAACUUAAAUUGCAGUUCACAAGGGUACAACCAUCUUUGAGCUUGAGAGUUUAAAUACUGAAGCAUAGCUGUAUGUGUGUGAAAUUUCUCACAAUAGUAAAAUCAGGUUGGAAACUGAAUAAAAGCUACACAUAUAACACAAUCCCAUUGAAACAAGAUAACAAUAUCAAACAACAAGUAAACGUGAAAUUCUUCGCAUGAGCAAUACAAAUAAAAUUUAAAACUCAUUUCACGGUA